ACGAUUCGCAACACUGUCAUUUGCCGUAACAGCUGUUUUUUGUUGAUACUUUGGAGGAAAACAUUUUCCGGCGCAAAUUACACUUUUUCGAUUUUCAAGCGCAAUAGUGACCAAAUCCAACGAAAUGGGAACCUGGGUGCUGGAGGUGGCCAAGAUGGGCAUGUACAUGGCCUUCCCCGUGACGCUGUUCCACCUGUUCAACCAACCAGAGUAUUUCGAGGAGUGGGUGACCAAGAAGAAGCGGGAGCUCUAUCCGCCGGAGAGCAAGAGCCACCACGAGGAGCUGCAGCGGGCGAUACGGGAGCACCACGCCCAGCACGACGCCAAGAUGAUGAGGGCCAUGGAGGAAGCGGAGGGCAAGAAGAAGUAGAUGAUUCAGUGUACCCCAAACUAGGCAGGCCCUAAUCCCUCGUUAUAUAACCGGGGGCAAGCAAACAAAACAACCGAUGCUCCGGAUGGAUGUGACUAACCGCCCUGUAACGACGUAAUAAAGACUUGUAUUGAACCGAA